AUGCCGUUUUAUUACUCGUCAAUAAGCUGCAGUUACGUAAUGGUUGAGCACAAGGAUGAGUUCCUACGUAUCAGCAAAUAUCCAUGGGACCUGGUGCUUACGGAUUCGCUGUUCUCACCAUGUGCGUAUGGACUUGCGCUACUUAGUCGAGCAAAUCAUAUUAUAAUGCACACGACUAGUGUUGAAGCAGCGCCAGGCCUUGCCAAAGGCUUUGCCAGGUAA